AUGGCUGGGGAGAAACAGUUGUGAGGAUCGACGGUUUUUACCAGGUAUUUACGAAAAAUGAGCCUUUCUGUAGUUUGAAGGCGCUCCCUCCAAACAACUGGGGAUCCAGGUGGUGCAGGUUGACCAGGUGUAGAACUGGUCCAAUAAAGCCCUUCUUGUGGUGAAUGUGCAGCCUGUAAAUAUAAACAUGGGGAGUGUGGAGAGGGGGGGGCAGGACCACAACCUGGGCACCACCCAGGAAGAGGAGGAGCGAGGGAGCAGCUGAGUAGGAAGCACUCCAGUUGGGUGGAUGCCUGGCCUGUCCCCACACUGCCCUCCUGCUCAACCCUGACCUGUUUCCAGCAUAAACAGCAGAACCUCACCUCUCACCCCUCUGGCUUUACCUGAUAAUCUGUCUCUGUGGAUCACCCCCACCUUUUUUUCUUCUCUUUCUCCCUCAGCCUCACGUUCUCCCCAGAAACCAGUUGGUAGCAAGUGAGUCCAGCCCCACAGAUGAAGAGCCUUCAGUUCCGGAGCAUAGCCCCUAAGGCUCCGGCCGUGGUGCCCUCCCCCUCCCCUGCAGUCCUGUCCUGCCAGCCUCCCUCUGCCCUCCCUGAGGCUACCACCGCCUCCAGCCCCAAGUCCAUCAUUGUGCCCACCCAAAACUAUGCACUGAUGCAAAUAGCAGGUCAGGAUGGUGCGUUCUCUCUGGUGGCACUGCCCCCUCCCGUCUCCUCUCAAACAACACAGCAACAAACCCAGUCAAUCCAAAAGAACCUCAAACUGCCCAUUCCCAGAUACCAGCCAGUGAGGAGCAAGGGGACCGCAGAUAAGGUCAGAUCACCACCACCAGUUGCCAGGAUGAAAAUGGCCCCGAAGGCUGAUGAUACAUUGCAGACCAAGUCAGUGGUGGGUGGGGGAUCAACAGCUAUGAAGAAAAAACAACAGGAGUCCAAGCACACAAAGGAAGCCCUAGUGCCCAAAGAGGAGCCUUCGGAGCAAGUAAUUCUGAUUGACCCAGGCUCCUCUGACAUCUCUGUUACUGCUCUGCUGCCAGACAAUGCUGUCUUGUAUCCCAGCUCUCAAUUGGAGCGAGCGCCAGAUGGCUCUGAGCGACCCCCUACAACUGGCCUUAUUCAGAACAUCCAGUACCCCGCUACUGCUGUCAAAAGCUCCCCAGGCAAAUCCCCAAAGGAAAGUAAGACUACAGUGAGGCUGUGCCAAUCUAAGCCCAAUGCAGCCCAGCCCCAGAGCAGUAUCACUGUCCUGUCCCCGGCCAUCUUCAGCAAAGCAGUCCAGAUUAUCCCGUCCCCACCCAAGGGUAAACUCCCCAUUCUGCCUUACUCUAAAAUGAAGAGCACCCUGAUACCAGCUGCAAAGCUCAGCACUUUGUCCCCAGAGAAGAAGGGUUUCUCUUGCCAGACAGGACACACCAGCCCCAUAGAUUCUACAUCCAAGACACUUGAGCCAGCUGAAGCCUUGAGUCACAACCAGGUUUCAAACUCAGCUCCACUGCCCCAGGCCAAAACCACACUCAUGCCUGUGUUGGGGAGCCUUCAGAAACCACCUGGAAAGAAGCGAGGGAGGAAGAGAAAGACAAUGGAAGACAUCUUGGCAUUUGAGGCCCGAAAGAAGAGGUCAUUGUCCUUCUUCCGUAGAAGGGUCCCUGAGAAGCCACCAUCAGUUUUUCCGGGCUGCAAGCAAAAGGAAGUUGAUAUUUCAAAGAAGUACCGGAGCAUCCGACCCAAGCCAAUGCUGGUUAUGGAAACAGUUCCCAAUCUGGUUAGUUUGCCUGCCAUUACCUCAGAUGGCCAGGAACAGGAGCUCAUACUUGGUCAUCAGCUCCCCACUAAUACCACAACCAAGGCCCUUGACUGUCCUCCCCAACCAACCACAGUAACACUUCACCUGAGAGGUGCAUCCCAUCCCAGAGUGUUCAUAGGCAGCCGUCCUCUCCACCGUUGUCCCACCUGCAGCCGCUGUUUCCAGUUCAAGCAUCACCUCCAGAGCCACAUGAACAGUCACACCAACAGUCGACCCUACGUCUGUCCAGUAUGCCGCAAAGCCUAUGCUCACUCCGGCAGCCUGAGCACCCAUAUGAAACUUCAUCACUCAGAGGUACGCCCACGUCGGGCUCUGUGCUGUGAGUUCUGUGAGAAGGCCUUUGGAUAUGUGGGAGUGUACUUCAGUCAUCUAAGAGAGGUCCACAAGGUAGUGCUGACCGUGGAGCCAUCCAUCAGCCAAAAUGAGGAUGACAUGUCUGUUGAGGGGGCAAACUCCCCAGAGCCAUCAGAUGAGCAGGACCGUGAAGACCCCGUGGAGUUACAGAUAAAAUGUGGUCGUUGUCAGGCAAUCACUCCCACCUUUGCUGACAUGAAGAUGCACUUGCUUUGUGUGCACAGAGAGGAGGUCCAGGUUCGACUUCAUGAUGGCGAACCCCUGUGGGGUGGCCGCAAGGCUGAAAAUGAACUGGUAAAGCAUGCUGCCCACUAUUGGCGGCAACUCAACGAAAAACGCAACCUGGUCAGGUGUGGCAGCUGUGAUGAGGAGUUCUUCUCCUUCUCCAAGCUUAAGAGGCACAUCAUGUCCCACCACCAUGGAAGUGAGGUUGAGGACAGUGCGACCAUCUCCUCACCAAACAGCAGUGGAGGACUUGGUGUCCUUGCAGCAGGUGCAGCCUAUAACUGUGUGCUGUGCAGCGAGGUGUUGGAUACUAAAGAGGGGGUUAUGGAGCACUGGAGGAGUUGCCACCACUGUGAGCAACCUAGCCUUCUUUGGGACGCCCUGAGCUCAUACUCGGGCCAGGAAGAUUGUGAGGCAGAUGGGGAUCUGGAUACUCCAGCUCCCAGCCCACACUAACCAGCCUAGCCCUUGGAUGGUCAUGGAGCCUUUCAGUGUGGCUCCCUACUCAUACACACUUAAGUCCUAACAAUCAGCAGCACAGGGAUGGAGAGUUUGUCUUAUGUCUUUUAUCACCAGAUUAAUCUUUCACCAGUUCAGGCAUUUGUCUUGGUCCAAAUGAAAAGAAAGAAAAAGAAAAGAAAGAAAAAGAAUAUCAAGCCAGUGGUGAAAAUUGAUCUUUGUGUUACAUUUCAUAAGGGUUAUCCUCUCUAAGUCAGAGAAUCCAGUUUUAUAAACAAUAUUAUUUUUCAUGUUAUUUUGAUUGCACUGUUCUGUUUUUUGACUUCAUUUUAUUUGGAGGUAUGUAUUUAAUAUAGUGUUGGAAAUUAGAUUAUUUUUUUCUACUGCUUAUUUAAAUGUUACUAAAAGGGUAAUUUAUAAUUCAGCUGACACAGUAUAACGGUCCUUUCUCCCAAACGCUUACCUCUUGUGGCAUCUAGCCAUGCACAUAAUUGGGUUUUAUGUGCUCAGUUUUUGAGAUAUCUGUGCUGAGAUUUCUGCCCCCAAUCUAAUGAAAAAAUACAUUUCAAAACUUCAAUUAUAACAUUGUUUUUGGCAUUUUAUGCCUUUAUUAGAUAGCGAUAGUAGAGGGAUGACAUGAAACAAGGGAGAGAGACAUGCAGCAAAGGUCCUUGGCCAGAUUCAAACCAGAGUUGUUGAUAUCCAUGACCCUAAACUAAUUCUUUCUUGGAGGACAAAUAACAGUUCAGUUUAUAAAAAAUGUUAUUUGUAUAUGCUGUGACUUCCACAAACAAAAUUCCAUUGACCUCCACUGUGUUAGAGUGCAGGCAGAAAUCUCAAAGAUUACAAACCACUAUUAGACAGCGCGAAAAUACUGUAUGUUUUUCGUUUAUAUCUUUUAAUUUGGCUGAACUAAUCCUCAAAAAUACUGAGACACUUAAAUCUCGUAAGGGCACACGGUCUAGUGUCACACAGCUUGACAAUUUAUCUACUGGCCUUGGAUUAUUACAGGUUCAAAGAAAUCAGUAUCUGUACAAUCUUUUUAUGUAAAAUUGCUCUGGUAACAGAAAAUCAGUAUUGUCAGUUUUGACUUGAACUUUCACAGUCCGACUAAGGGCAGUAUUAGGGUCCUCUGUCACCUUGGACCCAUUGAAGAAACACCUUCCUAACCAGCACCCAAGUGACAUCCUUGUGGCCUUUGAAAAAAAAAAAAAAGUUCAAGCCUAAUGUGGCUUAUCAUUGGUAUGGUCAUCUGUAGGCCAAGUUCUGUUUCCUUGAUUUGUUUAUUAAUGCCUAUAUGUGUAUUCUAUGAUAUGCCAAGGGUCUAUUCACACUAGUGAUUGUAGAAGUGAGUUUUGCAUUUAAGCUAUGUAAUCACUGACGGAAUACUGUUUGCUGAUUUAGUGAAUACGCAAAGGAAACCAUCGAAUUGCCUACCUGUUGUUGCCAGCUCAUGUAUGCACCUGUGGAAUUGUGUGCACCCAGACUCUAUGAUUAGAGUUAAUAUAAAAUGUUGUCAAGUCCAGAAAAAUAUGCUAUUUUAUACUAUAGAUUAAUACAGAUCUUUUAGUAUAUUUAUGCUUGUGGUUGGUCCUCAAAGGAGCAGCACUGAGAGAUUUGUUAUGUUUGCUUCUCUAAUUUGGGGGGUGUUUAAUGUCUUGUUUCUUGGUUGGGAGGUCAUUACUUCAUGGCAAGUAACUCUGUUAACAUUUGUCUGUGUUUAUCUUUCAUAUAAAGAAAAAAAUAUCACAGGGUAAAGUGAAUGUACCUGAAUGUUUUAAAACCCCUACCAAAAGUAUAUGCUAUAUAGACUGAUUCUAUAGAUAGAAUAUAUAGAUAUAUUGAGAAAAAAACAUAUAUAUUUACAGAGUAACUAGUGAAUCAGCUGCUUUGUUCUGUGGAGGAGAGAAUCGAGAUGAAUAUAUCAUUGCCAAAACUGGCAAUAAAAGCCAUGCAGAGCUGUCCUUAUGUGUCUGAGACAAAGUGUAGGACUGUGAAUGAAGGGCAAAGCACUGAUGUUUACAUGUCGCACUGAGUGGGUAAACUGCAGUAUACUGUACUACUGUUCAUUGAAUGCCGUGUUUGAGUGUUCAUCAGUGAACUGUCCUUUGUUUUCAUGCCCUCAAAACAAACCAGGAAGUGACAGCAUUAAGGGUCAGACUCCUCUUUCCUCAGUUACAUGGGAAACAUACAUAACUGCCAGCACAAGUCAGAAAGUGAAAAACCCAACAUUAGGUGAUGUAAUGUGUUUGGCUCACUUAAUAUGUUGACUGUAUCCAAAAAAAAAAGAGACUGAAAGUGUUUGUGCUUGUGACUGUUUGUGUAUCUGAAGAACCUGAUGUUUAU